AUGCCGAAAGAAGGCAUUGUUCAGAAAUUAGGAGGAGAAUUGGCAUGUACCAAAGGUUUGGCCAAACGUCCACUUACGAUGGACCUCUCAAACAGAGAGGCGAAUUCGCCUGAAACCAAAGAAACGCUGCGAGGAAGAUUUCCCCCAGCGAAAACCCCCCCAAAGGAGAGAUCUCCAUUGGAUAGUGACCCUGCGAAGGCAGGGGAGCAAGAGGAGUACCUGGAGAAAUGGUACGAAAAGGCCAUAAGAAUGGCUGAAGUGAGAAUACUCACUCCCUACCCAGAAGGAGUGAAGCCUGAAGCUCUAAAAAAUGGGCCAGCAUUCCCUGACAAGAAAUGGUCAGGGGAGAAUGACAUGUCCAUUUUAUGUCAUUUGUCCAGUCACGCUGGUUUACGUCAUAAGAAUUUGGAGCUCCGGAUAAGUCCAGUAGUCGCACCGGAUACAAAUUUCCUCACAAAUGAGUGCCGCAAACCAACAACCAUCUGCGUUGCUAACAGGCACCACAUACCCCCAGCCUCCUCAGAGGGGCUUCCAACCAUAUGCGGUGCAAACUGCACCAAUGGUGCAACAAGCGCCAUUCCAGGGGCAGCAUUUGCUGUUGCAGCCCCAGGUCCAACAACACCCCAGCCAAAUGCAGGCUGGGAAUCAGCCAUCACAUCAGCGGAGGGAGAUGAGGGAGUGACAGCGGCUCCUCAUCCAGACCGUCCAAAUGAGCAUGGUCUGAUAACUCAAGGGCAUCAGAAGACACCUGCGACCAUUGCGCCCACUGGAGGCAUGAAUACAACAGAGCACGAAGAGAUGCCGAGGGCAUCUUCGACUCUCUGA